AUUUUUGAUUAUUUAUUAUUUAUUCUUUAAACAAAUGCCUAUAAAGUAAUAUGUAUAAUAUUAUCUAUAAUUUAUUCCCAACACUUUCAUACGGUAUUCAUGAUAUUAGCACGUUAAUGUAAAGUAGUAAUGACACAUGAUUUUAAUCAUGCAGACACCACUGACAAUUUGUAUCAUACAAGAAUUUAAUCAAACAUUAAGGAUAUUUAUAUGUCAUUAACGACAAAUUUUAUAGUUACAAAACUCACGUGUAAACAAAAUAAUUACGCGAAAGAAAUUUAUUAACUCGUUGAACGUGUGUACAUCGCUCCGUCGGAACCUAACGUCCUAACUUCCUAGAAAACAUAGACGAAAGGGAUAAGUUGAACAAAAGCACAAAAUGUUUUUAAAAACGUUAUUUACCAAUCCUCGGCUAAUACAUUUUCAAAACUGUACUAGUAGAUGUUUUGCAUCUAAAACACAAGAUAUUAUUCAGUCUGCUGAAAGUGAACCAGUUUAUAUAGAUAAAGAUGACCAAGCAUCCAGAGACCGUUAUAUUGAAAGACGAAGGAACAAGUCCAGACUUAACCGUGGACAUAGAAAUAUAUUAUUUGAUCAAAAACCUUAUGAGAAUUCCAUAACUUGGUUUCAUGAUACAUUGAAAUACAAAAGAGGAAUAUUAGGGAAAUAUGGUAUGGAGGCAUUAGGGAUACCUGCAGGAAUUGCAUGGCCUACGCACGAGGAAUUAGAAGAUAUGAAGGAAUACGAAAGAGUUGCAUUUCCAUUGACUCUUGAAGAAAGAUGGCAAAAGAUGAAAGAGAAACACAAGCAAGAAGAAGAGGCUAUAAUGACUAGGCAAAAUGAGAUUGAAGCUAAAAUGUUAAAAAUGAGUGAUAUGAUAUUGGAGGUAGAAGAAAAAGUCGCUAAAAAGAAACUAGAAGCAGAACAAGCUAAGAUGAAGAAAGAACGUCGAGUACAAGAAAUUAGACGUCAGUUAUUAGUCACAGGUCAUGUAACCAACGAUAAAAUCGAGGAGAUGAUGGCUAAACUGGACAAAGAGGAUAAAAAGAAACGAAAAGAAGCUAGGGCUAAACGAUUACUCGAGAGGCAACAGAAAUUCUUAGCAAAGUCUAUGAACGCAGAUACUGGAGUAAAAGAAAAUGAAGAUCCAGAAGAUAGGAAAGGAUCACAAACGGUUGAAGAACCUACAAAGUAAACACUUUAAUCAAACCACAUUGUAUUUAAAAAUAAUUUCUAUAUACUUAGUAAACUUGACACUCAGCAAAAAAUCUGUCCUAGUUGAUUUCUGUUUAAAGCAUACAA